AUCAGAAAAAGAAAUACACCCAUUAUCAUUGGCCUCCAUUGAAGCACUAGUGCAGCACAGAUAAAAAGAAGUCAGAGAGAAGAAAAUACUAUACUGGCCUUCCAUUGUUGAUAUAUGAGUACAACCAUCCACAUGAUGUCUCUAGUCUCAUCUCAGCAGAGCUUCCUAACCAACGCCCUCAGUACUUCAACCCACAAACCCAAAAGGAAAAUUCUAAAUAUUCCUCUGAAUACAGCAACUAUUUCAUGUAAAUAUCAACCACAUGACCUCGAUGAUUUCUCCAGUCAAAAUGAGAAUCAAUUGGGAAAGCUGGCAAUUGUAACAUUGGCAGCUGGUGUUUUGACACUGGGGUCAGUUGAUCCCGCAUCAGCUGCCAAGACAGGCGGUCGAGUGGGCGGUCAGGCCUUCCGGUCAUCGGCUCCACGCUCCUCCUCCCCCUCCUCCCCGAGAAUCAACAAUUCAAGGACCAAUGUCUAUAUCAAUCCACCAUUGGCCCCACCUCUAGUAGGUGGGUAUGGUUAUGGGUUCGGUGUACCAUUCUAUGGAGGAGGUGGGUAUGGUUAUGGGUUCGGUCCUAGCGUUGCUAUUGGCAUUGGAGGUGGAUUUGAAAUCUUUGCUCUAUUCAUACUUUUUGGUGCAGUUGCUGCUGUCAUUAGAAGAUUCCGAGAAGAAGAAGAUGAUUACUAGUCUAGUACCAUGUACCAACCAAACUUGUUUAUACAUACAUGCAUGUAUCACAUACCAUAUGAAUUAGUGGUGUUGUUCAUAAGGCUACUAAACAUUUGAAGCUCUCCUAGGAAUUCUAUUCUAAAUUAUCAUUGUAAUAUUUCCCCCCUUUGAAAUAAGAGGACAAUCUACUCAAAAA